CGCCGUGGUGUCCUGCUUCAAGCGGCACGGGGCGGCCGCCAUCGACACCCCCGUGCUGGAGCUGCGGGAGACGCUGAUGGGGAAGUACGGGGAGGACACGAAGCUCAUCUACGAGCUGCAGGACCAGGGAGGGGAGCUGCUGGCCCUGCGCUACGACCUCACCGUGCCCUUCGCUCGCUACCUGGCCAUGAACAAGGUCAACAACAUGAAGCGCUACCACGUGGCCAAGGUGUACAGGAGGGACAACCCGGCCACCACCCGGGGCCGCUACCGCGAGUUCUACCAGUGCGACUUCGACAUCGCCGGGCAGUUCGACCCGAUGAUUCCCGAUGCCGAGUGCCUGAAGAUCGUGCACGAGAUCCUGAGUGACCUGCAGCUCGGGGACUUUGUCAUCAAGGUCAACGACAGGCGGAUUUUGAACGGUGUGUUUGCUGUCUGUGGUGUCCCAGAGAGCAAGUUCAUAACGGCCUGUUCCACCGUGGACAAGCUGGACAAGGUGCCGUGGGAGGAAGUGAGGAGCGAGAUGGUGGGAAUCUCCUUCGACCUGAGCCUGGCCCGGGGCCUGGACUAUUACACGGGGGUGAUCUUUGAGGCCGUGCUGCUGCAGCAGGAGAACGAGCACGUGGAGGAGCUGGUGGGCGUCGGGAGCGUGGCUGGAGGCGGCCGCUACGACGGGCUGGUGGGGAUGUUUGAUCCCAAGGGCCGGAAGGUGCCCUGCGUGGGGGUCAGCAUUGGCAUCGAGCGGAUCUUCUCCAUCCUGGAGCAGAGGCUGAAGGCUUCUGGGGAGAAACUUCGCACAACUGAAACCCAAGUGCUGGUGGCUACACCCCAGAAACACUUGCUUGCUGCCAGACUGAAGCUCAUCUCCGAGCUGUGGGACGCAGGGAUCAAGGCAGAGAUGCUGUACAAGAAGGAUCCUAAACUGCUGAAGCAGCUGCAGUAUUGUGAGGACACAGGGAUCCCCCUUGCUGCCAUUGUAGGAGAGCAGGAGCUGGCAGAUGGAGUUGUCAAGCUGAGAGAUGUCUCAACACGAGAGGAGGUUGAUAUCCCAAGGGAGAAGCUUGUUGAUGAGAUCAGGAGAAGGCUGGAGCCCUGAGGACUUCUCUGGCCAGAGCUGCUUGGCUGAACUGCUGUACAACUGGAACCCUGCAGUGCCCUUAACUAUUCACUGCCAGCUGAGGCCUGGUUACCAUCCACCAGCCUAAGGCUCCUUGCCUGGGCUAAGGCAGCGAGAAGAGAGGAGCCAGAGGGUUUUAAAAGCUAUGGGACAGCGCAGUCACCAGCUUAAAGUUCUGGUUAAGUGCUCUGAAGGACGGGUUGAGCUUGUGGGUUCCUAAUAGUGCAGUCCCUGCACCUGUACAGGCAUUCCCAUCACUGCAGGGGGUGUUUCCAUGGGCACAGACUGGACGUGGUGCAGCUCACAGAGGUGCAGCUCCAGCGGGAUCAUCAGGCUGAGCUCUGGAGUGGGGAGGGAGCAUGUUGGGCACCCACAGGCCCAGGACAUGGGGCGAGGAGGGCAGUGGAAGGGCCAGUCCCACUCCCAGCCCGCACCCGGGCGCUGCACGGGGCUGCAGGACCAGCCUGAGUGGGGGUGAUGCCAAAAAGUCGGAGAAGAAACUCUCUAGACUCAUUUUGAGUAUAGAAAGCCAAAAACCACACACGUUUAUUGCAGCGCCGGAUGCAUCGGAAAAAAUCCCAAAGGAUGCACCCCGAAUCACACACGUUUCAUAACUUUAUACCAUCCUCUAAUUACAGAUUCAAGGAGGGGCUGUCUCACCCCAUUUUCCCCCAGAGGACGCUCCCCUCGGAUUGUUUUUCUCUUGAGUGCUUGGUUUCCUGCUUUAGGGACCUGGUUCAAGGCCUAAACCCAGCCUUGCCUCGUCCGUUUCGUAUCCUUUCUCGCUUUUAUCAGUCUCUUCACAGCUGCGAGUGACCGCCUCUGUUUUACCAAAAUUCUUGCUGGUAAUGAAUCUU